AUGGCGACUACUUGCAAUCUAGCCGUAACCCAGGGAAGUAUUUACGAGAGUUUAGGAUCUCCAGUCAAGCUGGUGUGUCCCAUCGUCAAUACUACUCGGACUAUUACUUGGUUGGGACCACCGAAUCUAAAGCUAUACGCUGUAGGGACGGACGUUUCAGCCGAACUUUCCUCACAAGUGGAUAUUAGUGAAACUGACACAGAUAAAAAGUCUAUUUUACUUAUCCACCAUUUCAACAGAGACAAAAGUGGAAAAUUCAGAUGUAGUGAUACUUGUGAUAAAAGAGAAUUUAAUUUGAUAAUUAAAAGGAAUCCAUCAGACUUGGUAAUAGUAAAUGCGACAGGUGACAAAAUUACUACAGUUGAAGGAAAAGAACAUAAUUUAGAAUGUAGGGUAACCAGUGGACAACCCGGUGGCAAUAUUACCUGGUCUACGGACAGAGUUGUAGUUGCAGAAAAUGGACCAAGUUUUGUGACUUACAGGUUGACACCUAGAAAAUCAGAUAAUGGAAAGCUGUUUAAAUGUGAAGCUUUUACCAGUGAAGGAAAGAGCGUAUUGGAAUCCUCGGUCCUUCUUAAAGUUUUUUAUAUUCCAAAGAUAACCUUCCGUCCAAAUCAAACGUUAACUGUGAAAGAAGGCGAUGAAACACAACUGAUUUGCAUCAACGAUGGAAACGAUCCAGACGCAACAACAGAAUGGAAAAGACCAGGAGCAUAUACCAUUAUCUCAAACAAUGCUAGAUUAAAUCUGGUAAACGUUAACCGGAAUGAUGCAGGCCUAUACACAUGCAGGGUUGACACAAAAGCAGGUGUAUAUGAGGUCAAUGCAAAAGUUGUCGUGCAGUAUGCUCCAACAAUCGAUAUUCGAUAUUUCCCGACAGAAAGAAAAAUGAAGUGUAUUCCAAGUGGUGUUCCCGAUAAAUACAUGUUCAGGGACUGGGAACAUACAACUGAAUACAACGAUCAUAUAAGGUUUUUGCCGAUAAGUAAGCAGGGGAAUACCGCAACUUUGAAUAUUCCUAAAAUUUUGAAUAAAAGAGAUCAUCAAGAUAGAGGGCUAUACAUUUGCCGGGCUUCAAAUAAUAUUUCAUCAACUAAUGGAAUGUUUGUAAUGCAAAAGUAUAAUUUAAAAUUGAAUGGCAAUCCUUAUUUUGUCAGCUCUACAGAAAACACUCAAUAUGGAGUUUAUCUCAAAUUUGCAAAGUUAACAAUAAAGUUUGUGAGUGUUCCUGAAUAUAACAGUUACGACGUUUAUAAGAAUGGAAGCAGAUUUAAGGAUUUCACUGAAUCCGUUAACAGAAAUAUGAAAUUAACGGAUAAUAUUUAUGGUAAGAAAGUGUCGGUUAAAGGAACCAUCAUAGCUUUACAGAUACAAAUAGACACUUUAGACGAUUAUACCUCGUAUAGAAUAGAUGUCAAGAAUGCAAUUGGAUGCUCAAACCAUUCAAUAGAACUAGUUUCUGCAAGCCCCCCAGCCAUGCCCAAGAUUAUUCGAACAGUAGCACAACAAACCCAGUUCUCUGUUUUGUGGAAACCAGGAUUUGAUGGUGGCGUUCUCCAAAGCUUUAUCGUUGAAUAUAAAAAAAUUGGAGACAUACACUGGAAAUAUCAAACAACGAGGUCAUCCAACUUUAUAAUUAUUGGUGGAUUACAGCCAGCAACUAAAUACCUUAUUCGAAUGUUUUCCAGAAAUUUGAUUGACGAUAGUAAUAGAACAGACGAAAUUCUAAUCCAAACGGGUAAUGUAGUAAUGUAG